CAAUAAUAGCCCAAUUUAUCCUGGGCGGUUCGGGGCGGGUGUAUUUGCAAUUACGACGUUAUCCUCAAGACUUUUCCGGAAAUAACGAUUAUAAUUUUCCUCUAGUUGUGCCCAUGGGCAGUUGAUCCUAUUGCGUUCGGUGAAUUGGGGUUCCGAAUCUGAAUCUGAAUACGAAGCAGGAUGGAAGAACAAGACUCAGAAACACAGAGCUCCGGAAGUGGAGGAGAAGAAGAAACGCUUAAAUUAGAGCCUGAAGGAUUACGACAUGACGUUGAAGACCAACACGUUUUGCAGUUUCUGGAUUCCCUUGAUGGCUAUAUAACGCUAAUGGAUUCAUUGUCUCUGACACUCCGCCAGGGAUGGCUUGAAUUAGCGAGUGCUCGACAUUCCAUGGGUGCAUCUCGCGUCAACAGUGCUCUGUUGAACCUGAAAUUCCACUCUGCUUCUACCUCAUUGCAAGUAACAAGAAAUGAUGUUGAUUCAGAAGCGAACGAAGCAAACUUUACAUUGUGCAAAUGGGCAUCCUCCAAUAGUGGACACAGCUCAGCAGGAGAAAAAUUUAGGGAGGACAAGUUGCAGACGAAGCAUGAUAGUCCAGAUCUACGACACCGUAGCAAAUCCCAGUUUUCAGAUGAAACCUCAGUACAAAGUGGAGCUUCGCUUGUAGCUGAUGAUCAUGUUCAGAGGGAGCGAUCCAAAUCAUUGUCGGUAUUUGGCACUUUGGUUUCUCCAAAGCUUCGUGCGGCUCAACUUUCAUUUGAAACAGCUUUGGAAAUGCUUGUAGAAAUUGCGAACACACGUUCAACAAUGCUCUCUGCUUUCAAUCGAGUCAAGAAAGGAUUGGAAGACAUUAAAAGUUGAUCAAAGCUGGUCUUUUAAGGCAUAUAUGAUAUUUGGCUACUGGAAAGUUCAACAUCUUCUUUCCCUUUAUCCUGCUCACUCUGAGCACAUGAUUGAUGUGCCCCAAGUUCUGAACUUAUGAUCUCAAUUCUCAAACACACAGUUUUUUUUUUUUUUUAAUUUUGGGUGCAUAUUGUGAUUUCUGGUUAAAUUUCUCUCUAUGUAAUGUAUAUUUGAGGUGAAAUUUUGGUGCAUCUUACAUGUAACAUCUAGGUUGUAUAAUUCCUAAAAGUGGAUGCCGGUAGCGUUUUGUCUUGCUGGAAAA